GAAUAGUUUAAAGCAAAGAUUGGAAAGCUAGUGCCAAAGCACUGAUGAUUUUUUAUUAUGCUCCAAAUAAAGGAGUAGAUUCACGGCAAAAAAUAAAAUAAAAAUAAAGGAGCAGAGGGAGGGACACUACUAGCUGGUCAGUAGCGAUCCAGCCAGCCAGCCAGCCAGCCACCAACCCCCUCCCCAGCAAGCCAGCGAUAAAUACGGCACGCCGAUGCCGUGAGUGGGCAUCAGCAGAGACUAGCUUUCCCCCACGCCUCCUUCACCACCAACCGAAGCAGAGCAGAGCAGAGGAAUUGAGCUCGGCUAGCUGGAGAUCAAGAUCCGGCAGGCAGCCAUGACGACCGGCGGCGUUGCCAACGUCCACAGCGACAUGGACAGCACCAACAAGACGCUGCUCAAGAGCGACGCCCUCUACAAGUACGUCCUCGACACCACCGUCCUCCCCCGCGAGCACCAGUGCAUGCGCGACCUCCGCCUCGUCACCGACCAGCACAAAUGGGGGUUCAUGCAGUCGUCGGCGGACGAGGCGCAGCUGCUGGGGAUGCUGAUCAAGAUGAGCGGCGCCAAGAACACGAUCGAGGUCGGCGUCUUCACGGGCUACUCGCUCCUGGCCACAGCCCUGGCCCUGCCUGAAGACGGCAAGGUGGUGGCCAUCGACCCGGACAGGGAGUGCUACGAGGUGGGGAAGCCAUUCAUCGAGAAGGCCGGGGUGGCGCACAAGGUGGACUUCCGCGAGGGCAAAGGGCUGGACCGCCUGGACGAGCUCCUGGCCGACCCGGCCAACGAAGGCAGCUUCGACUUCGCCUUCGUCGACGCCGACAAGCCCAACUACGUCAAGUACCACGAGCAGCUGCUCAAGCUGGUCAAGGUUGGGGGCACCAUCAUCUAUGAUAACACGCUCUGGGGCGGCACCGUCGCGCUCCCGGCCGGCACCCCCAUGUCCGACCUCGACGCCAGGUUCUCUGUCGCUAUUAAGGAUCUCAACACCAGGCUCGCCGCCGACGAGCGCAUCGACAUCUGCCAGCUCGCCGUCGCCGAUGGCGUCACCAUCUGCCGCCGCCUCGUCUGAUCUGAUCCAUGGAAUCCAUGGAUCCAGCAACAAUUUGCUGUGCCAGUCCGGCAUGGGUGCUGCUGAUGCGACCGGUUCAGUUCAAUUCCCCGCUUUUAAUCAUCAAUCAGUUGUUAAUUAAAUUUACUGUCGGCGCUAGCCAGCGUUCGAUCUGGUGGCUGGUUUCGGACUUUUCGAAUAAGAAUUUUGGGAGCUGAAAUCUAAGGGAUGAUGAGAAGGUCGUACAACUAGUGCCGACAAUCACGGCGUGUGAUGGGGGUGUCAGACUGUCAGUGUUUCAUAUACUUCUACUAUUGAUUUGAGAUUCUUAUAUGCUCGAAAUGUAAUAUUGAUUGCGAUUUCGACUUGA